AUGGAGUUCAGUUACCUGCCUUCCUCUGCAUACGAGUCUGGGAUGGACACUGGCCGCUCCACAGAGUUCAGCUCCUGCAUUCACCACAAACUUCUGGCUUAUGAACGAGGCGUCCAGGAGAGACGCAAACAAAGGCGCGUGCGCACCAUCUUCACGAGCGCGCAGCUGAAAGCGCUCGAGCGCGUGUUCUCACAGAUGCAUUAUCCAGACAUCUACACGCGAGAGGAGCUCGCACAGGAGAUCCACCUAACGGAAGCUCGAGUUCAGGUAUGGUUCCAGAACAGACGCGCUAAAUUUCGCAAACAGGAGCGUGCAUCUCUAUUGAUUGAGUCAUCUUCUAAAGCAAACAGUUCACCUUCCCAAUACAGCUCCAAAACGAUGACAGUCCCUGACCCAGACAGUACACAACCCACCCUUAUCCCAAACCCGGACCACAAACAGGACAACAGCAGUCUCCGAGAGGACCAGGCUCCAUACGAACUGACCUUGUUCACACAGAGGUCAAGAGGUCACCAAACUCACUGUGCAACAACCGCCUGCAUGUGUUGAAAGAGUUCAAACCCUCAGAACCCACUGCAUAGAUCUCUAUAGUGCCAUUCAUUUACCUCAUUUAUGUCAUUUAUCUUUUAGAACCUCAUGCAAAAAAGUUUGUAUAUAUAAUUGGAGAGAUACUAGAUUUAUAUAUUUUUUAUUGAUUUGAUUAAAAUGGAAAUAAAUGAAGCU